CAUGGCAAGGCCAGCCGCGGUCUAAGAAGACUCCCUCCGCCAUUGUUCCUCUCUCCCCUCCUACCCCCGACAUCGAAGGAAGAGGGAAAAAAUCCCCCCCAAAUCCGCCAACACUGCCAUAUAUAGCAAAAAAGCGGAGAAAGAGAAGGGGAUAGGAGAACCCGAUGAAGAACAUUUUCAAAAUCCACAAGAGAAACCCCCACCGAUCCAACGAGAUCCCGCCCUCGUCCGCCGCCGCCGCGUCGCCGUCGCCCGCCGCUCUCUCCCCCUCAUGCGCCUCGGACCACCGCGCGGCGGCGCACGCGACGGGGGCGUCGCCAUCGCCGCCGUCGCCCUCCCCGGCGGCGGAGGCCGCGCGGCCGACGACGGAGGCCGCGCGGCCGACGGCGGGGGAUCGGCAGGAUUACUUUUCGUCUGAGGAGGAGUUCCAGGUGCAGCUGGCUCUGGCGAUCAGCGCGUCCAAGGAGGACUUUAGGGAUGAUCCAGAUGGCGAUCAGAUCCGCGCGGCGAAGCUGCUGAGCCUGGGGGGGCACAGGAUGGAUCAAAAACGGGAGGACGGGACCGCGGAUUCGCUCUCGCGGCGGUAUUGGGACUAUAAUGUGCUUGACUAUAAUGAGAAGAUUGCUGAUGGGUUCUAUGACAUAUUUGUGCUUGCAAGUGAUUAUUCAAGCCAGGGAAAGAUGCCAUCACUUGUAGAUCUCCAAAGCAUAGGAGAUCUUGGUUUUGAAGUUAUUAUAGUCAACCGUUCAAUUGAUACUGCCCUAGUAGAGUUGGAGCAAAUUGCACAGUGCAUUUCUUUAGACUGCCCUGUUGCUGAUACUGGGCUUUUGGUGCAAAGGAUAUCUGAGCUUGUUACAGAGCAUAUGGGUGGUCCUGUAAAGGAUGCAAACGACAUGUUAGCUAGGUGGAUGGAGAAAAGCACUGAGUUACGAACCUCACAACAAACUAGUUUAUUACUGAUUGGUUGCAUAAAAGUAGGUUUAUCUCGUCACCGUGCACUACUUUUCAAGGUGCUUGCAGAUAAUGUUGGCAUUCCUUGCAAGCUGGUUAAAGGGAGUCAUUACACUGGCGUUGAUGAUGAUGCCGUCAAUAUAAUUAAGUUGGGUGAUGGAAGGGAGUUCCUGGUUGAUCUUAUGGCAGCCCCAGGCACCAUCAUUCCAGCUGACAUACUCAGUGCGAAGGAUGCUGCCUUGAAUUCUUAUAGGCCAAGAAUAAGCAAAAAUGCAACUCCUUGGACAAAAAAUAGUUCAGUGGACAACUUAUCUAGAGCAGAGUCAUCAUUUGGUCAUCAUACAGGUAGAAAUGGAAGUUCUGCUUUAAACAAUGAUGAGCAUGGAGAAGCUAUACAAGAAAAGACAAUACCGGUACCUUCUGUUCUUACAACAUCGGGUACUGAUGGAAGCAGUUCUAGUGAUAAUACAAGUUUGUUUUUGCAAGACCAGUCAAACCAGUUAUAUUGUUCUACUAGUGCAACUUCUUCAAAGCAGAAAGGGGUUAUUGAGGUUCGUGUGGAUGAUGAUAGUUUAAGGAAUGAAAAGUUGAGCACAGAUACUGAUUUACAAGAUACUGCAGACUCUACAGACCUUUUUGCAGAUUUGAACCCAUUCCAGGUAGUUGGAAUUGGCAAGACUUCUGCACCGUUCAGAGCCACUGAUAUUGGAAACACCGGAUACCAGAGACGGAGAGAGAACAUUGUCUCAGGCCCUGGAAGACCUCAACGUCCUCUGGUUUGGAAAGGCCAAUCUGCAUGCAACGAAGUUCCUAGCAGAAAGCAGUACAAUUUUGUGGAGGGGCUUUUUCCACGGAAAAAAAAUGAUCUUAAUGCAUCAUCAUCUCAAGUGCAGAGCUCUGCUGGAAAUAUACACUCCAAAGGUUCCAAUGACAAUAUUGCUCGAGUUUCUAGUAUUUCAUGCUCUUCUGGUGUAGCUACAUUUGGCAAUGAGAUGACUAGUGUUUCUACUCAAACUACAGGCUGUCCGUCCUCUGGACUUAGUAAGUCAAGCAUUGCUUCAGAAAAGGAUCAACAUAGUGAACUGGAACGUAGCUAUGUUAAUGCCCGAACAGAUAAACCGUUUACUCAGGCAUCAGGAGUGAAAUAUAAAAGGGAUGAUCAUGCACGUGAGUUGGUUUUGCAAAGUAACAUGCCGUACCACAUAAAGGAAGGUAAAAAGAAUGUUAUUGGCAAACAUGAUUUGAAGUGCCAAUAUGAUAGAUCUGUGGGAACAAUUAUGGAAUCAAAGGAUCAAGAAAACUCAAAUUCUCCAUCACAAGCGAGGCCAAGUAGGCUUGAUCCAAUGCUAGAUGAUGUGUCUGAAUGGGAAAUCCUGUGGGAAGACCUUGUAAUUGGCGAAAGGAUUGGGUUAGGAUCUUAUGGAGAAGUGUAUCGUGCUGAUUGGAACGGAACGGAAGUAGCUGUGAAGAAAUUCUUAGACCAAGAUUUCUAUGGAGAUGCUUUGGAUGAGUUCCGUAGCGAAGUGCGGAUAAUGCGCAGGUUGCGGCAUCCAAAUGUUGUUCUUUUCAUGGGUGCUGUGACUCGGCCUCCAAAUCUCUCCAUUGUUUCAGAAUUUCUCCCAAGAGGAAGCUUGUACAGAAUUGUUCAUCGUCCGAAUUGCCAAAUCGAUGAGAAGCGUAGAAUAAAAAUGGCCCUUGAUGUGGCCAAGGGCAUGAAUUGCUUGCACACUAGCGUACCAACAAUUGUUCAUCGGGAUCUGAAAUCGCCGAAUUUGUUGGUGGACAAGAAUUGGACAGUUAAGGUUUGUGAUUUUGGUCUUUCACGCUUGAAACAUAAUACGUUUUUAUCAUCCAAGUCCACUGCUGGCACGCCUGAGUGGAUGGCACCAGAGGUGUUGCGCAAUGAACCAUCCAAUGAAAAGUGUGAUGUCUAUAGCUUUGGAGUGAUCUUAUGGGAGCUUGCAACACUGAGGAUGCCAUGGAGUGGGAUGAACCCAAUGCAGGUGGUUGGUGCUGUUGGAUUCCAGGACCGACGGCUUGAUAUCCCAAAAGAAGUUGAUCCUCUGGUUGCAACGAUUAUUAGGCAAUGCUGGCAGACAGACCCAAGCUUGCGUCCCUCAUUUGCACAGCUGACAACUGCCCUGAAGGCCUUGCAGCGGCUUGUCAUCCCUUCCCAUCAAGACACACAAAGCCCACCGGUGUCGCAAGAGAUAUCGGUGAACUCUACACCCUAAGAUCCUCCUCUUGAACUGUGAAUAAAAUUGCUGUUGCAAUUUUUUAGGGUUGGGUUUAAAAGUUGGAAACGGGAAUGCUGUGUUUGUUAGCUCUUUGGCUGGUAGUACUCACACUGUCCCCGUUGCUGUCAUGCCCAAGACCUGUGGCAGUGACUGUACAGAGAAUGGUGUCUAGCAUUCCGAAGUCAAAUCGUUCCAUCUUGUAAAGAGAGUUGUGUAGGGCUUUCGCUAGGUGUGUGCUUGCCGGAAACCGGCCAGCUUUAGUGAAUAGUACCCUGAAUUUGGGGGGAGGUGUAUCUUAUGUCAGUGAUGGCUCUUUUGGGGGAAAGCAUAUUGAUAUAAAUAUUAUCGUGUCUUUCUGCAAAUAGUGUAUUAUUAUUGUAGUACAAACAUUGGACCUUCUUUUCCUUAUUGAGUGAACAAGAAAAAAUAAUUAUUUCUCA